GCGUUUUUGCUGCUCUUUAAUUAUUCUGUUUGCUAAAGGUGGUAGAUAUUUGGAACAAUUGGAAAAAUUGAAGCGUCGACAACUCGAAGAUCUUGGGUUCCAUAAACUAGAAAUCGAUGAGAUCCUCUACCAAUUAUAUCAUUGA